GAUGAAGCGUGCAGAGUUACUUACUACCAGAUACGCAGCACUUGAUUCAGAUCUGCACAAGUAAGAAAGGAAAACAUCAAGUCACUAAAACCUCUUACUCAUAGAGGAAAUCUGAUCUGCUACAGCACAGAAACAUCAGCAGUGUCCACGGCAAGACGAAUUCCUUAGGGAGCUGCCUGUUUUUAGGUCAAGUGUCCAUGAUAUGAUCCAGCUGGCUUAUAGGAUCAACAACUCCCUUGUGAAUAAUGGUUAAAAACACAUCCCACCUGGACAUUGAAACCCUGGCAAUGCUCCAGAAUAAAGCUAUCUCCAUCACCCUCCCAGUUGUGUAUACACUAGUGGCUCUGAUCAGUAUCCCUGGCAACUUGUUCUCCCUUUGGGUGCUUUGCUGGCACAUCAAACCCAAAACACCUUCUGUUAUCUUCAUGAUCAACUUAAGCAUCACAGAUCUCAUGCUGGCCAGCUGCUUUCCCUUCCAGAUUUCUUACCACAUCCAAAGCAAUCAUUGGAGCUUUGGUAAGACUCUUUGCAGCCUCGUGACCGUGAUGUUCUACUCCAACAUGUAUUCUUCCAUACUGACCAUGACCUGUAUCAGCAUUGAAAGGUACAUGGGCGUGGUAUAUCCCAUGAAGCUGAUCAAGUGGAGAAGAAAAAGGUAUGCCCUGGCUGCCUGCCUAGGUAUGUGGCUUUUCUUGCUACUAGCCUUCUACCCCCUAGAAAGUACAGAUCUGACCUAUGAAGUGAAGGAACUGGGGAUUAUAACCUGUUUUGAUGUCCUCAAAUGGGAUAUGCUACCCAAUUUUGCAGCUUGGGUAGCCUUUCUCCUCACGCUAUUUGUCGUGCUCUUCCUGAUCCCUUUUGUUGUAACAGUUGGAUGCUAUAUUGGCACCAUACGGAAGCUUAUUCAGACAUCCAGCAGAUAUGGUAACAGGCAGAAGACUAGAUCCAUAUACCUGGCAGUGAUAGUCCUUCUAGUAUUCAUCACUUGCUUCGCUCCCAACAACUUUAUCCUACUUGCGCAUAUGAUCAUUCGCCUAUUUUACGGCAGGAGUUUGUACCCUGCUUACAAGUUCACCUUGUGCCUCAGUUGCCUCAACAACUGCAUUGAUCCCUUCAUCUAUUAUUUUGCAUCCAAAGAAUUUUACCAGAAAUUCAUGCAAGUGUUUCGCCCUAAAGUACUGCUCAAUGACAGUUCGGAAAACAGGAGGGAAAGUUUAUUCUCUGGCAGGACCAUGUCGGCCAGGUCAAUGUCAAGCGGACCUAUGGAUGGGUUAGAGGGAGUAAAGGUUUAUCUGCAAAGGCAAGAAAGUGUUUUUUAACCUCAGACAUCUCCAAAAGAAAGGCACCUGCGAAAUUCAUGAAUAGACACAGAAAAGGUUUCUUUCUGAAUGGCUACCCUCAAAAUACUUUGCUCCAGUGAGAGAAGUCACGCCAUACUCAUAUUGCGCAUUCUACUGCAAUGUUUUCUGGUAAGCAAUUGAAAUGUCAAAAGAACAAUUUAAGAAGCCACUGAAGCAAACCAAACAUUCAUAAUUAGGACUUGACCUGGAACUGGUUCUACUGCAUGAAAGCAAGGGAUACAUUCAGAACAAACAUUACUUUCAGGUUGUAUGAUGUCAGUGGUUAACCAAAGAGUUGUGAUUCUCAGUGAAUGUGAAAUAUUACUGUAUAUAAAUUAAAGCAUACACUGAAAUUGGAUUUGGGGUGAGGGAGUUAUUUUUCUAAACAAUGUGCUGGGCUUUUUGUUUGGUUUGUUUUGGGUUUUUUUAAGGUAUUGCUUUCUCUCUUGUUAUAUUUCUACAAAAGAAUGAGUAAAAAUAGCUUGUCAUUUUACCAUUAAUGUAUAAUGUAUAGCCACUGUGAAUUCACCACAACACUCACCCAACUGUUUAUCAGAACCAAACCACACUAACCUUCAAAAAGGUUAGUGUGACUCAUGUUAUUUAUUUCAAUUUUAUAUAGCAAAAUAUCUCAUACAAUGAAAAGAAAGCUAGAACAAAUAAUGUUUGAGACUACUUCAGCUGCUAAGUGGAUUAUAUUUUCACUUACUGAAGCUAUUAAUUUCUCAGGACAGUGGGGAGCAGCUGAGUUCAGAAAACAGAUUUUCUCACAUUGACCUACUACAUUAAUAAUGCUGCUGCUUGUAUGUGAUUGGUAUCAAGGAGUCACUUUCGACAGUUCAGUAUAGGCUAUACACAGAAACACCAUCCCCCUCAGCAGAGAAUUUAGCUUUAUAGAGUGCACAGAGAGUGAUUUUAUGUUGGUGUUGGUGUGGAUUAUUAACCAGAUUUUCAGCUGGAUAAAUGAGAAUUCAACCAGAGACUGGAGCGACCCUGUGCCAGCAGAAACCAGCUGAAAAACUGUCCUUAUGGCUUGAUGUCAGAAACUUAUUGCUUUCAAGCAGGCAACAGCAAGAAGAAAAAAAUGAAAGCAAGGCUUGAGAAUGGGAGAAGUACCAAAUACCCUGGAAAAAGGUUACAGGAGGUUGAUUAUGCAGUCCUGUGUUUGGGACCCCUCUCUCAAAUAUUGUUCUCCAGCUUGUUUGUAUAAGCUGUGUCAUGUUUUAACUCUUCUCACAUAUCAACAACUGCCUGUGUGCUUGAAAAGACAACUGCUAUAAAAUAUGCACUGGGUACAGGAAAAGGCAAAGUUUUUCCUGUGAUAUUUACAGCUUUUUACCUACCUUUUACUUACCUUUGGCCCUCACUGACAGCAAAGAGCCAAAAAACACCUGACAGAACCAGACAAUUUUCCCCCCUCAAGUGAGAGACAGUUAUGCAGCAUCCUUCUGCUGUGCUGUGGCUCCAUCCAGCACUUAAAGAAGGACAAGGAACUACUGGAAAGAGUCUGGAACAGGGCCACUAAGAUGAUUAAGGGACUGGAGAAUCUGCCCUGUGAGGAAAGGCUGAGAGAACUGCAUCUGUUUAGCUUAGAGAACAGGAGACUGAGGGGGGAUCUCAUGAAUGCUUAUCAAUAUCUAAAGGGCAGGUGUCAGGAGGAUGGGGCCAGACUCUUCUCAGUGGUGUCCAGUGACAAAACAAGGGGCAAUGAUCACAAACUUGUAAACAGGAGGUUUAUCCUAAAAUACUUCUUUACUCUGAGGGUAAUAGAACACUGGUACAAGCUGCCCAGGGAUAUUGUGGAGUCUCCUUCUCUGAAGACAUUAAAACCCACCUGGAGGUGUUCCUGAGUAAUCUGCUGCAGGGGAUCCUGCUCUAGCAGGAGUGUCAGACUAGAUGUUCUCCAGAGGUUCCUUCCAACCCCUACCAUUCUGUGAUUUACUGAUUUCUGAGAUCCUGAGCCUAAGUAAAAAACAACAACCAAGGCCCUUAUAAUCUGACUUUUUUCUUUGUUUAUGACAUUGUUAGAACACAGUUUUCCACCAUUAGUUUCUCUACGACAGAGUGUGGACAGCCACAAAACCAACUGUGAGAUAUUUGUAUGUCCUAUCCUCUGUUAAAGUAUCAUCAGUUAUUGGAACAGGAUAAAUCUGAGUGGACGUAGCACUGCCUUUCAAAAGCCAUCUGAAGUGUUUUGUAGCAUUUCACAGUAUUAGUUUUAAUUGAUCUGUACAUUUUCUGCUCACAAGGCCAAUCACAGUGCUACAUAACAUGUCCAAGCUUUCCCAUCAAGGUGCCUGGAGGCUACCCUGCCCUACCAGCCUGUCUUCUGGCUGUAGAUGUGCAGUGAGAUGGGCUCACUACUUUCAAUCACCUUGUGUGUGCUGGAUGAGGAACCCUCAAAGCAUGUGUGAGUCUGGGGCUCUGAAACCAUGUUUCAACUCUAGCAUAUGCUCCAAAAUGCCUACGUGAGCCAGGACCCCCAAAGAAAGAGCAAUGGCUCUUCCUAAGGUAUCUCACAUCCAUCAGGCAGAAAUUCAGUUAGUUUACUUACAUUUUACAAAGCUGUAAAAUAAUUAAGCAAUGCAUGGUUUCAUGUUGUUGACCCUUGACUUUCACAGAAUUCCAGCUUUCCCACUAUCAAAACUGUUUUCAGCAUUUUGCUGUGGCAGAAACUUUUUUGCAGGUUAUACUGAAAUCUUUCUCCUUUUUUUUCCACAUAGAAUUAUUUUUACAAUGAAAACCAUUACUUCUCCUAGCUCUAAUGCAGAUUAUCAUGCUGUUUUAUCUUGAACCUAAUUCUCAAGUGCUUAGUGCCUACUAAACUGUACUGCAAUGUACCUGAACUAUAACUGACACUCAAUAGAGCCAAAUGGGCAGAAACUUUGCACUUUGGACAUCAACUCCUAUAUUUUGAAAUUUCUGAACUGCUCCUUUUGCAAGAGAAAAAAGAUUCUCACAACUGACUGAAAAUGUUCUCUCCAGCCUCAUGCAGCUCUUCAUACCCUUCAUCCCUCUUCUGACUGUCUAAAAAGGAACAGGAAGGUGCCUCUUCUAGUUAGCUCAGAUUACACAAAAUUCUCAUUUGUGUCAGCGGGAUUGUUCCUUGAAAAAGGAACACAGAAAAGAACCAAAUGACUGCAAUCUUUUGAGUCCAACAAGUGUAUACUGUCAAGUUUUGGAGGGGUUUUUUAGAGAGAAGAAGAAAUUAUUUUUUAAAGUGGCCUAACACCUUGUUCUUUGACACUGGAAACGUACUUCUGGUAGCAAGAUUUCUUCCCUCCUUCGUCAGUGGGUGUGAGUUGACAUAUGUAGAUACAUAUAUAUGUGCAUGUGUGUAUAUAUCUAUAUUUACAUGCACAUAAAUAUAGAUUGCCAUUUGAGAGGUUACUGAGAAGUUCAUAUCUACCUUGCCUUUGGUUUGGGAAAUAUGGGUCCUGGGUGACAUGCUUACUUGAUUGCCUCUGUGGUUAAUGUAAUUUUACUUAGAAGACAUGAAUGUAUAGGCUUCUGCUCAGUUUUAGGUUCUGUUUUUUUGUUUGUUUGUUCUGUUUGUUUUUUUUUAAUUAUUGUUUAUCAAUUUAAUCUAUGAAUGUGUGUGAGGUUUUUUGUACAUAUAAUAAUAAAAACCCAAACAUUAAAAAGGACAUGA